GCGCGUGCUGUCUGUCUCGAGCAGAGCGAGUCCUUCAUUCGUCACUGAGGUCACUGGCUCGAGGAAACUGCGGGAGCUGUUGAUAAAGGAAACCUCAAAAACUAUGGCGCCAGUAAAACGAUGAUGAGAAGGGUACCGUUGCCAARUCAUGGAUAGAGUUCCACAAUGACACAUGAGAACCUCCCAAGCUCCCAGCUGUCUGUUAAAGCCGCUGCCCUUCGCAUGGUUGACCUUCCACUCUCCGUCUGCAGCUCGCUGGUGCAGGUGAGCGCCAGCACCAAGAAACURGUGGCUGCCACCGCCUUCGGCACCAUCUCGCUCCUCCUCCUCGCUCGCCGCUUCCAGAGGAGGAAGGGCAGAAAGAAGGGUCAGCCGCUGCCGUGGGAGCAGGCCGGCUUUGAGGUCUACGCCCAGGCCUCUGCAGAGAACGAUGACACCAGCCAAAACAUCAGUAUUUCCCUCGACUCUCAAAACGCCUGCUCCGCUGGGUCAGGGCUGGUGCUCACGACGAGAGAUUACAGGAGACUGUCCGGGUCUCUGGCGAGCGUGGUCUCGGUAAAGAGCGUGAACUCGUCCAGCAGCAGCACCUGUGCAGAUGAGUCCGCCUGCUGGGACGGUGUGGGCGACGCCGACGUCUCCAGCGUGAUCAACUUAUCCCUCGCCACACCUGAAAACCUCUACCUGAUGGGCAUGGAUUUGUUCGAGGAGGCUCUGCUGCACUGGGAGGAGGCGCUGACGUUCAGGAGCCGGCAGGCCGAGGACGACUCGAGCUGCGCCUCGGUCAAAACCGGAGCUGGAGACGCCGUCGCUGAGCAGAACAUGGAGGACGUGAUCAGCGUGGAGUUCAUCCACAGGCUGAAGUCUCUGCUGCAGAGAGCUUAUCGCCUGCAGGAGGAGUUUGAGGGCGUGUUGGGGACGCCUGAACCUUCGUCCCCCAGCAGCAGCAGCCAGG